AUGUCUCUAAAUCACUUUCUCCCACGCAAUGUCAAAUUUUAUGACACUACCAGUCCUGGUAAGGCUCUUGGAGGGCUUGUCCAGAACGGGUCUAUAACUGAGACAAACUUUCUUGACAUUCUCGGAAUCGUACUUGUCGUUGGGAGUCCGAUACGUGUUCAAGAGCGGGAGUCGAGCCAUAUCAUAUCCAGAACGGAAGUGCUCCUUCAAGCAGGAGUAUACAAUAUUUAUUGUGAAGGUAUGUUCUACAUUCUCCCCAUUUACUCGGUAGCCUAAUUGGUAAUUUUGCCAGGCUCUAUCCAAGUCAGUGAUGAGCCUUGGGUACACCGGUUGAUUUCUCAUGCAAUCUCUGGCAGAGAGAAUAGUUUCCCGAUUGAUAUCCGUAAUCGCGACAAGAAAUGUGUUAUUUCAGGAAUUUCGAAUCCCGAAAUCGCUAUCCAGUCCAAUAACUGGACCACUUUCGAGGCUGCCCAUAUCUUCCCUCUCCAACAUGAAAGCCAUUGGAUCCAAAAUAAUUAUGGACGAUGGAUCACAGACAUGGACGAUACUGUUGGAUCCUCCAAGAUCAACUCGUGUCAAAACGGGUUUCUUCUCCGGCAAGAUGUGCACACAAUGUUCGAUCGGUACUUCAUCUCUAUUAACCCAGAUGACAGCUACAAG